CGCGCUCACUUACUGAAGCGGGACCUUAUCAGCUCGAGCGCGCGCAAUCGGUAUAUCUGGAUGCGUGAAUCUCUUAGACAAGUUGAAUGGUUUUUGAACCAUUAGCGUCAACCAUCUAAGCUCAUGUUUUUAUCUAUGGAGGGGCGUGUCGACCUCGUUAAACUGAGUGAACGAGAAAUGAAUCCACUCUUAAGAAAAAGUGUCUCAGGGAAUUUUUCCCUUCCUUCCACUUCUUUGAUGCUGAGGUCUGAGAAUGAAGUGAAUUUCAGCUGUCUCUUCAAUGAGGAGUUCAAGUAUAUUCUGCUCCCUGUAUCAUACUCCCUGGUGUGUUUCCUAGGACUGAUACUUAACUCUGUGGCUCUGUGGAUGUUCAUCACUAAGAUGAGGCCCUGGAAACCCAGUACAAUUUAUAUGUUCCAUCUGACCCUGUCAGACACACUCUAUGUGCUCUCAUUGCCUAUGCUUAUAUACUAUUAUGCAAACCGCAACCACUGGCCUCUUGGUGUUUUUCUCUGUAAGAUUGUACGAUUUCUUUUCUAUGCCAACUUGUACUGCAGCAUCCUGUUUCUCACUUGCAUCAGUGUGCACCGCUACAUUGGAAUCUGUCACCCCAUUCGUUCUCUGACUUUGGUGAAGCCACGCCAUGCCCACGUGGUGUGUGGUUUUGUCUGGAUAGCUGUGAUAGCCUGCCUGGUGCCCAAUCUGAGUUUCGUCAACACUUCCCAGAGAGGAAAUGAUACUUUGUGUCAUGACACCAGCCGCCCGGAUGAAUUUCACAACUAUGUUACCUACAGCUCUGUGGUGAUGGUCCUGCUGUUUAUCCUGCCAUUUCUGGUCAUCAUGGUUUGCUACUGUUUAAUGGCAUGGGCCCUUUGUCAACACCAAAAGGGCCUGUCCCAAAGUCAACAAAAUUCAUCCCGGAAGAAGUCUAUUACACUUAUUAUAGUGGUGCUGGUUGUGUUUGCGAUCUGCUUUGUACCCUUCCACAUCACCCGUUCGCUCUACUACAGCUACCGUAUUCUAGACGCAGAUUGCAGGUCCCUUAAUAUUGUCAACUUUGCUUAUAAAAUCACUCGUCCACUUGCUAGCAUGAACAGCUGUGUGGACCCCAUCCUCUACUUCCUGGCAGGGAAUCAGUACCGCUCUAAACUCAUCGGAGCGUUCACUAAACAGACUCUAAAAACUCGUUCUACUAUGUAUGUGCAUGAAAACAACAUUGGGAUGGGCUUUAAGAAACCAGAUGCCCAAGCUGGCACUGAGUCGAGACUCUAGGGUCACAUACCCAGACAUUUUGGGUAAUCAUUUAAAAAGCAGUUCUGGAAGACUGCCUCAAAUUUUGUAAGACAUCUCAGGUGUUCUUUAUUGACGGUCAAGUCUUCUACAGCCACAGACAUAUGCAUCCAAAAGAAUCCAGGACAGUCUCGUUGGAGAAAGGAUGUUGUUUAUUUCCUUUGAGCACUCUUCAAUGAUUUGUUUUUCAUUCAUGAUUCCUGGUAGUGUAGUGCACAGGAACUGCAGCUCAUUUUAUAAAAGCUCUGAUAGCCGAUCACUCCUGGUUACUUGUAACGUUGAAGUUUCUCACUGUUGGUCAAGGACACAACUUGGCAGUGUUGGGGUUCUGUCAACACUGAAAACAAAGCUCACUCUAUACUACUCUACAGAAAUGCAAGUACAACGCCUUUUGUGUGUUCUGUUAAGUCUGAGUGUCCUAUGGUAGGAAACGGAAGUGUGAAAUCCUCUUGCGAAAACUAGGACUUGAGUUUUCAUAUUAUUUCACAAAUUAUUAUAAUUAUUCUUGAAUGGAUUAUUAGAAUACCAAUUGUAUUCUACUGUUUAUGUUGAUACUGAACACAUUGUAAUUUGUUUUAUAAGAGGAGACAUAAAAUGCUAUUAAAAUAUCAUUUAUUGUAAAUAGAAAAGUUGGAAACCAUUUAAGGUACUCUGAGUGAAAAGGUAAAUGUUUGUUGGGGAGGCUGAAAUUCAAACAGCAGUUGUGCAGAUAUUGCUUCAUUCCUCAUACAGCUGUUUUUGUCUUUUGGCGGAGCACAUACAGCUGUGUUGCUGUUCAUGUGUUUGUGUGUAUUUGUGAGUGAUUGCAUAGCAGGGCUGAAUGAAGGGGAAAAAAGCUUGAAAUCAGAUCAGUUUUGGCAUAUUGCAGAGAGACUUUUUUUCUUCGCAUGUUACCUCUGUGGGGAUGUUUGUGCACUUUAUUAUUUCCUGUUUAGUUUCUUGUAAUGUAAAUAUUUUAUGACAGUUCUGUGGUCUCAUGGUAUUUGUUUAAGUUUAAAUUGUGUUUACAUAAUGUGUUUGUACUUUGA